CCUCCAACAAUCUUCCAACAGCAUCGACCAUUUCAACAACACCACGCUCUCUUGAUUUCACCAAAACAUAGCGACAAACGCUGGCGAUAUUCGCUGCUUCACAGUCCAAACAAGUUUCAUCGUGAUCUCCGCGGUCCGCUGUGCGUGCCGCUGUAACAAAAAUUUAAAAAAGUCCAUCUGGCUAUCGCUCCCGCUGUCAAGAGACCCCCCCGGCUUUCGAAUUACCCGACUCUAUCGCGACCCUCUUUCCCAACCACCGCCCAUCGCCCCAAAACGACAAAGGCGAACCCUCCUGAGGAAAAUUAUCGCUGGACCUUACGACGCUGCGCAAUCCGAUCACUUCUUCGUCUGUCUGCGAACCCUUCUAUGCACAUGACAUCGGCGCCAAACGUCGCGACGGGGUCCCGCACCAAGAUUCCUUCGACCGAACCCUCAAAGACUCCUGACGACUUUCCGAGCGACUCACGACCCUCCCACGUCCAACAAUGACGCGACCACAAAUCAUUCGUGCGGACACAAUUGACCUCCAGGAUCAGGACGCGCCCUCUGCGAAAGACCACACCCGACAACCCACACAUCCAUCCGCGAUUGGAGCUGGACCGCCCGCGCCGCACCAGGCAGGUGCCAUUCGGAGCGUGGUCGAGGAGAACGAGAGACGACAGCACCCUGAUACCUCGUCCAAUUGGGCCAAUGCCGACGACUCGGAGUACGACGAUUCGGACGCGAUCGAGCCCGUUGCGAAUGGGGGAUACCACAACCAGCACGGCGCACAUGGGUCGCAGAAUGGCGGAUCCAAUGCAGAGGAUGCAGAUAUGGCGGAUGCGGAGGGCGACGACAGCAUGGACGAGGACGAUAUGAUGGACAAGAUCUCGAGCUCCCCUUCCAUUGACGAUGAGGACAUCGAUUUCGAAUUCGUUUACGCCUUACACACUUUCGUGGCGACGGUCGAGGGACAAGCAAAUGCGACAAAGGGCGAUACGAUGGUGCUUCUGGAUGACAGCAACAGCUACUGGUGGCUGGUCAGGGUCGUCAAGGACAGCAGCAUUGGCUACUUACCAGCAGAACAUAUCGAAACCCCGACAGAACGACUGGCACGAUUAAAUAAGCACAGAAACAUUGAUCUCUCUGCAACCAUGCUAGGUGAUCAAGCCGAUAAGCCCAAGAAUCCAUUGAAGAAGGCUAUCCGCAGACGUAACGCAAAGAACGUCACUUUCAACCAGACUCACACAUAUGUUGAGGCGUCUGACGUCGAAUACUCCAGCGACGAAGAGGAUGGCGAGAACGCCUACUUCGCUUACCACGACGAGAAGACGGAAGAGGAGAACGCAGCGGCGAAGGAAGAGGAUGCCACGUCUACGGAGCCAGACUCCGAGAAGGCGGCAACACGCGAGGUUAAGGCUGGAACUACAGACGACGGCGACGACUCCGACGAUGAUGCAGAUCCGAGUGGAGAGGUCACGCGGACGAGCGACGAGAUAUUCGAGGGACGGCCCGAGGGCACGUCGAAGUCGCGCAACGGCACGGUCCGGAACACCGAUUCGUUCUUCAAGGACGAUACGGUAGAGACGCGCAAGAUCACCAUUACCCCUAACCUUCUCCGAGACGACUCGAGCGCAUCGACGGCGAGGACGUCGAACGAGUCCAAAGAGAUCCGCGAGCGCCGCAGCCUGGACAAGCUGGAGAAAGAUUCGACAUCGGACAAGGCCAAGGACAAGAAGGAUAAGAAGGAUAAAAAGGACAAGGACAAGAAGCCAGGCAUGCUCAGUGGUCUCUUCAAGCGCAAGGACAAGAAAUCGAAGUCCGCAGACGAAGACCCCGACGACCUCAUCAUCGGCCCCGGCAAAGCCUCGAGCGAGCGCACCACCUCACCCGCGCCAAGCAGAGACUCGGAAGAGGUUACAGCUGCGACUAUUGAUGACACGGCAUCGGCACGCGGUCGCAACGGCUCCCCACAGCGUAACCCAAGCAAACUGCAGAAGAUGCGCGCCGAAGCGCCCUCGAAGCUCGGCAAGCACGAAAACGAAGACAUCUCGCAGACCGAGCCCCAAGCAACACUUGAGCGCUCCGCCAGCGCAGCCGGCAAAGAGACAAUGCGCCUCGUCCAACCCGAGGGCGCCACCGUCCUCGCGCCCACCGCCACAACCACCACGACCAUCACGAGCGACGCGCCCAAGGGCGCCAAUGACACACCGAAAACCACGGCCGUUGGCGCAAUCACCAAGAUCCUCCGCUCGCGCAGCGACUCUGAACCCAAGCCCGAGCGCCUCAAGAAGGCGAAAGCGCGCCUCGAACUCGACGACUCGGAUAGUCCCGUCGAAGUCACCACCAAGCCCGUGCGUCCUGUUCCCGGCGCAUUCCCCGACAGCUACGCCUCGACGCGCUCAGACGACACACUUACCGCUCCUACCGCGGAAGUCGAGCCGUUGUCGCGCGCACACCCGCCUGCGCUCGUGGCAGGGGACGCGAGUAGUCCCGAGUCCUCACCCUCGCCGGAGCUGGGGACGAGCGAUGCAAUGAUGAAGAGUUCUGAUACUGCGGCGCCGGCGAGCACGAGGACGAGUGCGAGCACGUGGAGUGAUUCGCAGCUGAGGUCGUUCUUUGAUGAUGGCGCGGAUGUGAGGGAUUUGCUGGUCGUGGUGUAUGAUAAGACGGGGGUGGAGCCGGCGGGGCCGGAGCACCCGCUUGUUGGGGGGCUGUUUAGGGCGGAGGAGGCGAGGGUUAGGGAUUUGGGAUUGCGGCUGGAUAAUAUGCUCGGCGACUGGCUGGCACGGAAGAGGACCGUAACAACGCGGUAGGGGGUUCGCAUCCCCUCAUUUCUCCUCCGUUGUCUCCACGGAGCAAGGGGUCGGCACACUGAACGCCCAACAACGCAACAGCCAGACCGACAGACGGGAUGAGUACGAUAGUCAUGAACACCCCCCUUCCAAGUCCCACGCUCACGAGCGCGCUUGAAGGGUCUAUGUUUUUCUUUUUCUUCAAUAUUUUUUUUGAGCAACGCACGCGCGCGCGAUGAAUGUGUAUAUUUCGAUUUGGUUGCGACGCGCGCGAUGUGGUGGGGAUGCAGGAAUGGCGUUUAUGGCAUGGUUUCUAUGGUUUAAGGAGGCAUAUUGUUUUCUGUUUCGGGAGGGGAGGAAAGGGUUAGUGAGGGUGGAUUGGUGAAGAGGGUUGGUUGUAUUUAGGGGGUUUGCUUCUUUGUAGGCAUGUAGACCUUGAGGGUUUACGGGUAUGGGUACUACGGUAUGUCUGGGUUUAGGGAGGGUGGUUUGUGUCUGUGAGGGGUUGGGUGAUUGAGGAAUGAGUUGAGGAAUUGAAGAAUGAAUGUGUUGAUUGAUUGAUUGAUUGCAUUAUCUUCUGAGGGGUGUUAGGCAGACGCCGAGGGGGAUGUGACCUGUCCCCUACACGGGCAGUAAAGGAAGGUAGACAGCAAUUGAAGAUCAGUAUAAGCAAGAC